AAUCAUGGAAACAUCAAGGCUAGAGGAAAUCUCUAAGACAGACAUGAACAGAACAUUUCCAGAUAAUGUGAAGUUCCGCAAAACAGCUGAUCCAUGUUUGCAGCACUCGCUCUACAACAUCUUGGUGGCUUAUGGGCAUCAUAACAAAGCAGUAGGAUAUUGUCAGGGCAUGAACUUCAUUGCUGGAUACCUGCUGCUUAUUACAAAGAGUGAAGAGGAGUCCUUUUGGCUGCUGGAUGCUCUUAUUGGAAGGAUAUUGCCUGAUUAUUACAGUCCUGCAAUGCUGGGCCUGAAAACGGAUCAGGAAGUCCUCGGAGAACUUGUGAAAAUGAAAGUUCCAGCUGUGGCAGAGCUGAUGGAAAGACAUGGAGUCAUGUGGACCUUAGUGGUGUCACGCUGGUUUAUAUGCUUGUUCAUUGACAUUCUUCCAGUAGAGACUGUGCUCCGAAUAUGGGAUUGCUUGUUCUAUGAAGGGUCAAAGAUCAUCUUCCGUGUGGCCUUGACACUGAUUAAGCAACACCAAGCUCUGAUUUUGGAAGCCACGAAUUUCCCUGACAUCUGUGAAAAGUUCAAGCAGAUCACCAAAGGAACAUUUGUAACAGAGUGUCACACCUUCAUGCAGAAAAUCUUCACAGACCCUGGUAGCUUGUCCAUGGCAACGGUCAACAAGCUCCGAGAGACCUGCAGGGAGAAGGUGCUUUCUCAGGGAUGACUCCCCCAGUGUUCCCAGGUGGUCAGACACUCCAGCAGUCGACACAUUCCUCCUUUUGCACUGACUCAACACACUUCAAGCUUUCCAUGAGUUAAUUGACACUUGACCAAUUUUUCCUGCCUUUCAAGUAAGUGUGUAACACUCUGUACUGUAUGUCAGACUCGGUAACUGGAGCUGGUUGUUUUGUUAGUGUUUGUGGGUGGUGUGUUGUUUUUAUUUUUUUUAAAGGAUUAAAGUGUUUCCAGAAGUAGAAUGUGUGAUCAGUGUCAGGACACUUCUUUUAAACAAACAGUCCCAGGGCAUUUUGUAAUGUUAAAACAGGUGUAUAAAGUCCAUAUUGCUGUAUUAACUGUGACACACAACUUCCCUUUGUACCAAAUAAAUUAAUUUUAUUUGUCA